AUGUCUCGUCCUGCCUCUCUUCUGGAGAACCAGUCGAGGCUGAUGAGCUUCGGUACAACUAGGGAACGCGAAUUUUUCAAAUACUUGCCGCUCGUGACAACCCCUUUGCAACACGUCGACCGGAAUACUCUCUCCGCUAACUUUACCGCGCAUCCCUCUCUCGAUUCAUCCCUUUCUGCAUUCGCGCAACUAGGCGCAUUACGGCUAGACGCCAAAAGAGUCAUCAUCUCGCUCUUUGGUCGGCACGAAGAGCAUAUCUUAACCGAAGCAACCCGGACGCUCAGCCUGCGAGAUGAAACCGAUCAUAGAGCCCUGGAUGAGCUCUGGGUUGGGGCUUGUACCAUGUCUUACGACCGCAGUUUUUGUGCCGCGGUUGCCAAUUCCGCGUCGUCCGUCUCUCAACCUACCCUUGCAACACCCAAAGUUUUCCUGGUCCCUGAUUUGACCCAGGAUGAGGCUUUUCACAAUCAUCCCGAUGUCACCAGCUAUCCCAGUAUUCGCUUCCUAGCAUGCGCUCCAAUAAUAAGCCCCAGAGGCAUCGUGAUCGGCGCCUACACGAUCCUCGACGACAAACCUCGGCCCUUGCCUGGCCCCGAUAUCUUGAAGCUCUUGUCGAACAUGGCAGAGACCGUCAUGGAUUACUUGGUCACUAGUCGGUCUCGUGCCCAACACAUUCGAGGCGAACGCAUGAUGGUCGGACUGGGAAGUUUUUUAGAAGGGAAAGGGAGUCUGCGUACUUCGUGGGUAGAAGAAAACGAGGAAAUUUCGAGCCCUGGCCAAGUCGAUGAUGGGGAAGGGCAACUAAAUACUCCGCAGCAAGACAAACAACGCGCUGAAACUAUGACCGAUGUCCUAGUCAGGAAGAGGGGCCAAAGUAACAUGCCUUUCCGUCUCAAUCCUUCCAUCCCUCCCUCGAAGGCUGGUAAAAUAAAUGCCCUAACUAAAUCAACGGUCGCUCCAUCACAAUCCACGAGGAAUCAAUCCAAGUCUCCCGAGCCAGCUAGAACGAAGACCCGUACUGAAAGAGAAACGUUGACGGGACAAGUCCAAGCGGCAUUCUCACGUGCCGCCAAUAUCGUUCGUGAAAGCAUCGAGGUUGAGGGGAUCGCUUACUUCGACGCUAAUUUUAGUGGCCAAGAUGCCCUGGUGGCAAGCAACAAGUCUGAUUGCGAAAGCAGCCUGGGGAGCUCCGCAAGCGAAGGAGAAGGUAAUCCAGGAAAGAGUGCGCCGCCCAAGAUUGUAGAUUCAGGGGCUCAAACCUCCGGCUCAGCAUCAGUGCACCCCGCCAAGAUUCUCGGGUUUGCCACCUCGACUGCCGCCAGCGUCAACGAAGAGUUGACGGGAGAUGCCAAAAUUUCGAUAUCAGAAGCCUUCCUUGCAGGGCUAUUUCGUCGGUAUCCUCGAGGCAAAAUCUUCAAUUUUGGUGAAGAUGGCGCCAUCUCAACUGGAGACACGAGCGAUGGCGUUUUUAAAAACUUCAAUCCCCGUGGGGGAAAAAGGUAUAAAAAGACACGGAGAUCGGUUCUGCGAGAGGAUGCCCAGACCCUACUGACUGUCGCUCCCGAGUCUCGAAGUAUUAUUUUCUCCCCAAUUUGGGACUCCCAUAAAUCAAGAUGGUAUGCGGGGACAAUCGCGUGGACAAGAUCUCCCAAGCGCAUCUUUACCGUCGACGACGAAUUAAUCUUCUGCACGGUACUUGGCACCAGCCUUAUGGCUGAAGUCCACAGACUUGGUGCUUUGUUUGCAGACCAAGCCAAGCGCGAUUUACUCGCUAGUCUGAGUCAUGAGCUCCGAUCCCCUCUCCACGGCAUCUUCGGCACGGCAGACCUUCUGAAUGAUACAACUUUGGAUGCUCUUCAACGAGGAUUUGUGCAUACGGUCGCUUCUUGCGCCAAUACCCUGCUCGGCUCAAUUAAUCAACUGCUCGAGUUCUCCAGUAUAAACGAUAUGGAACGAGUCCAUGGCGUUGGACCAUCAUCAGCCGCCGAACCUGAUGCCCAAGCUAGCCUCCAAAUAGAUUAUGCAGUGGAAAGCAUCGUCGAGACCGUCUUUGCAGGCUUCGCCUUCUUUGACCAAUCCCGGAUGCCACUUCGAGGAGCCCUUGGCGCAAGCGCCGGUCGCAGCCAAUUUGCCGGUUUGCCAGGUGCGGUGAAGGUGAUCCUUGACAUUAAUAGCGCUUCACACUGGAAAUUUGCCACAAUUCCUGGCGCAUGGCAUCUCAUUCUUACCAACCUGCUCGGGAACGCCCUCAAAUAUACUCAGCAAGGCUAUAUCUUCGUCUCUGUCGAGGCAAAGCCUGUGCUUUCGAAGCGGGAAGAGGAGCCUGUGCGUUCGAGAGUCACUAUCUCUGUGAAAGACACUGGUUGCGGAAUGGACCCGGAGUUUGUAAGAAAUGGAUACUUCACUGCCUUUUCGCAGGAGGAUGAUCUGUCGCCUGGCAAUGGACUAGGUGCCAAUAUCGUGCAACGAACGAUCGCAUCGCUUGGUGGCGAAAUCAAAAUAACAUCCGUGAAGGGCGUCGGCACUCAAGUCAUCGUGUCCUUCGUCCUGGACCAUGUCCCUGGACAUAGUCGCUCGGAAAAUGUGUCGAGUAAAAGCGCGGAAGAUGAUCCAUUUGCAUCCACAGCACGUCUAGUGCACAAGAAACGUGUUGGGAUCCUAGGCUUAGGCAACUCUGAGGCUGACACAACUUUAUCUUCAUCUCUACGAAAGAUAUGUGAAGACUGGCUUCAAAUGGAAGUUUAUACAAUCGAGCCUUCGGAUCCACACUUUGGCCAUUGUGACUUUUACAUUGCGCCUCACGAAUACCUGGACAUAGGAAAUCUAGAAAUACAGUCCAUUGUUCCUGAUUCAAAGGCAAAAUUCACUUCGCCUGUCAUUGUCAUAUGCCCAACGCCAAGGAUCGCUCAUUCGCUUUCCAAGGCGACCGGCCUGCGGGGGAAUUCUGAUGUGCUUGAGUUUAUCACCCAGCCUUGCGGGCCGAGAAAGAUAGCCAAGUCCUUGGAAAUCUGCUACAAACGCCAGGGUCGGCGGAUUCAUGGUCCCAAUGCCCCAGGAUUGUCCAGCCCAGGGCCUCCAAAGUCUUCUGAGGAUGAUCAUUAUAUCGGCCACUUGGCUUCGAAAUCAGAUACAGAAUCGCUCGGACGACGCGUGCCUCUUCCCAAGACACAAGAUUAUUUCUCGCAUUCGUCUUCCGCUCAAAUGCACAUGCAAACUCCCGCGCCCACUAGCGAACAGGAAUUUGGCAUUCGUUCCUCGGCUCGGCAAGAUUCCCCACUCGUGCUGUUGGUGGAUGACAAUUCUAUUAAUUUGUCACUCUUGGUUGCCUUCAUGAAAAAACUGAAACUCGACUAUCUCACUGCACAGAAUGGGCAAGAGGCCCUCGACGUCUUCACAAAGAAUUCGUCCCGGGUGUGCCUUGUACUAAUGGAUAUCUCAAUGCCCGUCAUGGACGGCUUAGAAAGCACACGACAAAUCCGUCAUUUUGAGGGCACUCUGAAGCCGCACGCCCGAGUGGUGAUCGUGGCUUUGACUGGCGUUGCCCAGGUUGAUACUCAACGCGAUGCCAUGGCGUCGGGCAUGGACCUAUUCUUGACGAAGCCUGUGCGGCUGCAAACUAUUUUACAGGUUAUUCAGGAUCAUACAGAGUUGAGACUACCCCUCAAGAACGAGAAAAACACUGCGCCACUAUAG